GGCGGCAGUGUCGCUGGGUGAGGUUGGGGGAAGAAAACAAACACGAGCAGGCAAGGGCGCGCGCACGGGGCGGGGCCGCGCGCGCGAGCACCGCCGGUAACGGUCUCGCUUAGGGCGGCCUCUGAGGGGAGGUGGCUCGGCCGGCCCUGCCCGGCCCUGCCCUGCCCUGCCCGGUGCGGUGCGGUUCGGGCGGCCCUGCCUCCGCCUCCUCUUCCUCCUCCUCCUUGCGGGGUGGCCAAGCCGCGGGUGCCGCCGUGAGGGGUGUGGGGGGGCUGCUCCUCCUCCUUCUCCUCCUCGUCGUCUUGACCGACUGCCGCCCCGCUGCUCGGUGGCAGCGUCGCUGAGGGCACGUCCCGUGAGGUGCGGGAGGGUUUCAGGCAGCAGCCGGGCGUGGCGAGCGGGGGCCGGGCCUGUGCCGCCCUGCGAGCGGUUGGAGAGGUGGACAACUGAUGGAACAUUCCACUACGAAGAAUAAAACUGCUCUUACAAGGUAGUUUGCUCAGAUUAGACUGAGAUCCAUACAGGAAAAAGAAAGAUCUCUCAACCAACAGUGACUGGGACCUCUUGAGAACUCCUGAAUGAUCGGUUGAGGCCUUGGAGGGAAAGCAUUAAAGACUUUACAUUUCACGGUCAGUUCUGUUAAGCAACUAUGGAACUAGAAAAGGACCACAUUUCUACUACCCCAACAGAACUUGAGAAUCUAAGUGAUGCUCCAUUUUCCGGUGAUGAAGAAAAUGGUGGGUCUGAGGAGCGGAAGACUGAAAUCAAUGGAAAUUGGAUUCCUGCAACUUCAAUUACUGAGGCCAAAAUAAACGCUAAAGCAAAGAGACGCUUGAGGAAAAACUCUUCCAGAGAUUCUGGGCGAGGAGACUCUGUUAGUGACAAUGGAGAGACACUGAAGGUUGGAGCUGCACCGACGAGCCCAAAGGGGAAACUCCUGGACAGGAGAUCCCGGUCUGGAAAGGGAAGAGGUCUACCAAAGAAAGGUGGGGCAGGUGGUAAAGGAGUUUGGGGAACACCAGGUCAAGUAUAUGAUGUGGAAGAAGUAGAUAUUAAGGAUCCUAAUUACGAUGAUGACCAGGAGAACUGUGUCUAUGAAACUGUUGUUUUACCUCUGGAUGAAAGAGCAUUUGAAAAAACUUUGACACCAAUCAUACAGGAGUAUUUUGAACAUGGAGAUACUAAUGAAGUUUCGGAGAUGCUGAAGGAUUUGAACCUUGGUGAAAUGAAAUACAGUGUGCCAGUGCUGGCUGUCUCCCUGGCAUUAGAGGGGAAGGCUAGUCACAGGGAAAUGACAUCCAAGCUUAUCUCCGACCUUUGUGGGACAGUAGUAAGCAAAACUGAUGUGGAAAAGUCGUUCGAUAGAUUGCUUAAAGAACUACCUGAAUUGGUGUUGGAUUCUCCCAGGGCACCACAGUUGGUGGGCCAGUUUAUUGCUAGAGCUGUUGGAGAUGGGAUUCUAAGCAGUACCUACAUAGAUGGCUACAAAGGCACUGUGGAUUGCAUCCAAGCUCGAGCUGCACUGGACCGAGCUACUGUGUUGCUGAGCAUGACCAAGGGUGGAAAGCGUAUAGACAGCGUGUGGGGAUCAGGAGGUGGGCAGCAGUCUGUGAAACACCUGGUUAAAGAGAUUGAUAUGUUGCUGAAAGAGUAUCUGCUUUCCGGAGAUGUAUUGGAAGCUGAACGUUGCCUUCAGGAACUGGAAGUACCCCAUUUUCACCAUGAACUUGUAUAUGAAGCCAUUGUAAUGGUUUUGGAGUCAACUGGGGAAAAGACCUUUAAAAUGAUACUGGAUUUGCUGAAAUCUCUCUGGAAGUCUUCUGUCAUUACUGUGGACCAAAUGAAAAGGGGUUAUGAACGAGUUUACUGUGAAAUCCCAGAUAUCAACCUGGAUGUGCCACACUCCUAUUCUGUGCUUGAGCGGUUUGUAGAGGAAUGCUUUCAGGCUGGAAUAAUCCCCAAACCACUGAGAGACCUCUGUCCUUCAAGGGGCAGAAAGCGUUUUGUGAGUGAAGGAGAUGGAGGUCGUCUUAAGCUGGAGAGCUACUGAAUGUGAGAACCAGCUCCUGAAGCCUUAAAUGUUGAAAGGGAAAUAGGACAGUGUUGUCAUCAUAAAAUCACCGUUUAUACAAAGCUUUAUAGAAGGGUCAAGUUAAGCUGCUGUGAUCCCAUUUCCAUUGCUGCUGAAGAAAUACUGUGCUUUGGGAGGAAAAAAAAAAAAUAGCUGUUUCUUUGUUUUAAAGAGCCCAAGAAAACGGAGUUGGCUCAUAAGAUUACUUCAUCUGUUCCAGGGGAGAACACUGGUUGGUUUUAGCCCCUGCGUACCAAACUUGUCUUUUUUUUUUUUCUAUGUAACUGGAAAAGUGAAAAGUUCUGGUAAAACAUAUUAAAAAUAUUUUUUUGUGAU